AUGCCGAGGCGCAAGGAAUAUCGCGAGCUCUGGUGCGGCUGCUUGCGAUGCUUCAUCUGCGCACUGUGGCACAACGGGACAGUGUUCCACAGGGUCACGGCGAUCACGCAGCUCGUGCUCAUCGCCUUCACUGUUGCCUCGCCUUUCCUCGCAUGGCUGGAGUUCACCUCUUUCACCGGCAACCACUUGGAGCGGGUCCGCAAAGUCUUUGACUUCUUCGACGCCAACGCCAACAACGUGCUAGAGUUCAGCGAGCUCAGUCUCGCUCUCAAGGACGUCAACCAGGUCUUCUUCGGCUCCUACUACCGCAAUGAUGCCGAGAUGAUGCGCGCCAUCCUAGCUGAUCGCAGUAGCAGCUGCCUGGAGUCUGCGGUCAAGACCCUGCAGUCCAAGUGCGCGGUAGGCAAUCGAGCGACUUGUCUGGGCUCGGCGCAGUGGAUAGCAACGAACAACCAGUUGAUGAGAGAUCCUAUCAAACUGCAGAGCUGUAUCUUCAACCUCAUGGACGAAAACUACGUGAAGCAGACUGGGGACGACUGUGUCAGCUCCACGAUCAAGACCGACUGGCUCCUCCUCACUCCGAAGUCCAAGGAGGCCAAGUGUGUUCAGCGCACGCAGGUUGACAUAGUGGAAUUCUCCCUCUUCGCCCGCCAGCUUGUCCCAGGUGAGUUCUACUGGCUCCUGACGCCGGCUGACUUGCAAGCGGCUGGUGCAGGGCUGCCGGAAAGUGAGAGGGCGCAGUCGAAUCACUGCGUGAACGUGAGCUUCCACUCCUUCCUGGGAUCCGCUACCCUCAACUUCCUCAUCGACGUCACCUUGGCCCCCGAUGCUGCAUCGGAGCGCUGCCACAGCAUCUUCACGGAGACAAGGAACGAGCUACCCUUCUACGACUACCGUGGAGUCAAGAAAGCCCAGCCGGGGUUUCACUGCGUCGGGACCAUCGACUUCUGGAACAAGAAGGGAUACGACAUCCCGCUCAACCUCGACCCUCUCAGUCCUCCGCAGCCUCCUCAGUGCCGGGUUCUAGCCAAGUGGCUGCUUUCUACCUUUGAUUAUCAGAUGGCAAGGCCGAGCUCGGGGCGGGUUGCGCUCCAGGAUUGGGACUGGAAUCCAAGGAGACAGCUGCCCCCUGGAUCAAACCUGCCCGUCCUGCUCGUACCCACACAACUCCUCCUCCCUGGUGCUGGGACGUCGGGGAUGUCGGCGAUUUACGACACCAUGUGCAUCCUGAAUCAAACUUACAUCUUCCGAGAGAUCGUUCAAGCAGUCAUGCAAGAAACAGUCACGGAUGCCUCAGCUCUGUCGCAAAAGUCUCGUUUCAAAGCCGUCAUGCUCGACCAGUGUGACAACAAGAUUUUAGUUGGCGACUACAAAGACAGCAUGGUGACACUGGAAGAGCCCACAAACAGCAUGCAAGACUUUCCAGCAAGCAACCCGGGCAUGAAGAAGAAGGUGCUGCAGUGUCAAUGUGCUGUGAACGGGAACUGCUCAGCCUGCAUCGACGCAUGUGUCGACCGCAACUUUUUCCUUCCAAGCCGGAGAGUCCAAUACGGUAGCAACCUCUCCUGCGGGCUCAAGAAGCUUCUUCAAGUCUCGGGGAUGGAAGGGAGCGCAGCGUAUAGGGCAGGAUACAACCCGCCAUGGACCUGCGCUGGUGGAGCAUGCUCGCUCUUCCUCGAUCGGGUCUUGGACAAGAUGUUCCCCUACACCGGAACAGUGCGCGAGUACAUGUCGACGCUCCCCAUGCGAGGUCUGCUAGAGCUCUUCGUCGUCCUCUGCCCCGUCACCUCAAUCAUCGUCGCCCUCCAUGUCCUCGCGUUCGCGCUGCAGCUCCACAACUUCUGGAUCAUCUGGCGAACCAUCCGAGCUAGCGACGAGGCGAACGUGGAAGACGCAUGGCAGCAGGAGAAGUUUGUGCUGGCAUCUUGUGUGGCGACCGCCCUCGUGCUUGCAGUCCCGGCCAUGCUAUAUGGAAUCUACGUGAAGAUAUUUGGAGACACCAUGAGGUAUGCAACUAGCCAUUACCUCAGCGUGGGGUGGUACCUGUCGCUUCUUGCUGCCAUCUUCUCGGUCCUGCCCUUCUACGGUGCCUGGAGGUCCUUCCGCAAGAGGCCGAAAGAAUGGCAGAACGUGACCAGGGGGUUUGUUGUCAGCAAGGAGGUCAGGCUGUCGUCAGUGGUUCCGACAUGA